AUGAUUAUCGUGGAGGCGCACCGAGCGUUGAAGCAUGCAGGAACUCAAGCUACCCUUUAUGUCGUCCGAGGAAGAUACUGGUUUACUGAUGGUCGCAACACUUUUAUUCCUCCAUUAUCACCGCACUUCGGCGGUCUAUGGGAGGCUGCCGUGAAGUCUUUUAAACAUCACCUCGUGCGUGCAGUCGGUUAUGCAGUUCUGACCUAUGAACAAUUAGAAACUUGCGUUGUUGAAAUUGAAGCUAUCCUGAACUCCCGACCAAUUAGUCCACUAUCCUCGGAUCCAAACUAUCUCCGUCCUUUAACUCCUGGUCACUUCCUGAUUGGUGGACCAUUAACAAACUUUCCGCAGGAAAAUCUUCUAGAAUUAAAGCCAGCCAGAUUAUCUCUCUGGCAGCACGCACAACAAAUGCGACAACACUUCUGGCGCAGGUGGCAUAAAGAAUACAUAAAUGGACUCAACGCCCGCAGCAAGUGGAAUUCAACAGCACCCAAUAUCAAGGUUGGCACUCUGGCCAUCCUCAAGGACAACAGCAUGACAGAUACGUCACCCAUGUUAUGGAAUAUGUGUCGCGUCAUCGAAACUCACUCUGGACGCGAUGGCAUUGUGAGAGUAGUUACGGUGAAAACUGCCAAUGGCAUGUACAAGAGAUGCGUAACCAAAUUAUGUCCACUUCCCACUGAUGUAUCUGAUCCUGACAGUGCCACACCGUAA